UAACCAGUGGCCGCCCCUACUAAGGUAUUCUCUCGCACAGAACUCUGACACUUCUCUUCUUUCUCUCUCAAUUUAAGCUUUAUUAAUUUCUUAGCUCCAAAAUAUCCUCAUGCUUGCUUCAAUUAUUCAAAAUCUUCUCUCCCUUUCACUGUGUACUGAAUUCCUUGCAGCUGGGGUGACAUGGAUGCUACACUUCUUUAUGCCCCAAUCCUGCCCACAUCCUUCAUUAUGUUUCUCUCCAUGUAUCUACUUGCUUACUUUGUAAUUUUCAGAAACUGGGAUCCAAAAAGCAAAGCAGAAGCUUCAAGCUCUUUCCUGUCCCUAACUCAUGGAACUCCUGCUGUUAUCUUUGCUAUCUAUGCAUUACUCCACACCCAAACCGCACAAACUUUUGCUUCUCCAAAUUCCACCUUCCAUGAUAGAGCUCUUGAAUUCAGCAUGGCUUAUUUCUUGAUGGAUCUCUUACACUGCAUAGUUUUCUUCCCUACUACUGGCAUUCUCAUCAUUCUUCACCAUCUAGCAACACUCUAUGUGUUUGUGACCUGUCGGUACAUGAUUCACCAUGGAGCUUAUGGGAUUCUUGUGCUUCUCAUACUUGCUGAAGUUACAAGUCCUUGCCAGAAUGUGUGGAUCAAUGCAAGUUUACGGAAAGCUGAUCUUCCUGCUGCUGCAAGAUUGUAUGAAUUCUUGUCUCCUCCUUUUUUAGCCUUUUAUUCAGUUGUUAGAGGUAUUCUUGGUCCACUCUUCAUGUUCAAGAUGGGGUUGUUUCAUCUAAGUGGAAAAUCUAAUGGUUUGAUUCAUGGAUGGGCAUGGAUUUCUUGGAUGGUUGUGAUAGCAACUGCAAUUUUAGUUAGCAUAUUAUGGGUUUCGAAUCAUUGGAUAGACUGGUUGAGAGAAAGAAGCCGUCUAGCACAGAAGAAGUUUACGUAGAAUUUUGUGGGUUCAAAAUUGGCACUAGGGCAUUUGUGGAUUUCAACAAUUCCUUUUACCUUGAGGUUUUGUAAUUGUACUGAUGACUGGAGUAGUGAAAGAAUAUCUAUUUGUUAA